CAGAAAACAUUACGGGGACAAUAGUAUUAUUUCACAGAUCUGACUACACUGAUUAAAUUACCCCUUUUUCACUUUACGAUUUUUGUGCGUGUGUGUGUGUGUUUUUUUUCACUGAUAAUGGCCAUCACUAAUACAAGUCUACAGGAAUAGGCGAACAGCAGCAGUGGUUCACCAGUUGUUUAAGUGUCUUCUCACUUUUCCGAUAUUGUUUGUUUUAAUCGUGUCAAACGCUCGACUGACCGAUGUGACCCAAUAAUUUACCGUCUGAUCCGUGAAAACCCGACGGGCCGGUGUCGAGUUUUUAUUGUAUUCGCGCAACUGGCGAUCGUCGUGUGUGCUGUGCAGUGAAAAUUAUUAUGUUGACCACAAAAAUCUUGUGGCAGCAUCCAGCGGCCACUAUAAUAAUAAUAUAGGUAAUUUUCAACAGAGUAGUCCACCGAUUUUGUUCAACCGCAGUUGACAAUCAGUAUCUGUCGCUCGACGGAGUCUGUUUAUGAUUCGUUGUCAUCACCAUGUCUGCGUUGUUCAAGAGAGCCGAACAGCUGAAACGAUGGGAAGAAUCGGAUACCAAUCGAGAACCUCACAUAUGUAAGAACAUCAAGUCCGUUUCCUUUCCCAUCGACUGUGCUUUCCUAGCGUCAGUCUCAUCAGGCGAUAAGAAUGAAGUGAAUAGCCUACUCUACUUGGCUGCUGAUAUCAACGCUGCUAACGCUGACGGGCUUACGGCUCUACAUCAGGUAAGAAAAACUAUCUUCUAAACUUAACUUUUAAUUGAGUUAGAUAGUUAGAUACAUUUAGUAAUAUUUAAUUUGCUAGGCCAUUCCAAUGUUAUAAAUGCAAAAGGUAAUUCUAAUAAUGAUCAGUUUUAAAUAAGUUUUACUUAAUCAUAUUUAUAAUUGUCCAAUUUAAUUUAUUAAACAUAGAAAUUAUUUAAAUUUUAAUGUUCCCAAAAUAGCAUAUUAUACACCUUAGUUACCUACUGGUAAAUAGUUGAGACUUUAUACCUAGGUACUUGAAGAUAAUAAAUUCAUAUAACUUAUACCGACCAUAAAUUAUUUGCAUUUUUUUGUUUGUAAAUAUUUGUAGUUUGUACCUACUAUUGUCACUAUAGGUAAUUAUAAAAUAAUUUAAAUAAUAUUUUUAAUACUUACUUAUAUUUUGUUGAGAUUGCAUUAUAAUUGUUUUCUCAUUAGUAUGGAAUUUUUUAGAAUAUUAAUAUUAUUUAGGCAAUUCAAAUAUUUUUUUAAAAUAAGCUUUUAUUCAUUUAUUUUCUUUGCAGACAUACAUUAAGAAUUAAUAUGUUAUCCAAGGAAUUAUUCAUGAAUGGAUUUAAAAUGAGUUAAAAUAUAUAGAGCAAGAAUUAACAACUGUCAUGACUUGCACAAUCUAGUCUAAAAGCGGUACUAAUAAAUAGACAGUAAUUUUUGAAAACUGUUGAUCAGUAUAUAUUUGUUUAUGUUCAUAAAACAAAUUAAGAAAACAAUCAUAAUGUCAAUAUGAUUUAGAUGCUUACCAUUCUAAUAAACUUGUAUAGGUACUUUACAUACUUUACAUUGGAAAAUCCAAAACAAUAAAAAAUAAAAUACCAUACCUAUUUUAUUUUGUAAUUUGUAUUAGAAUUCAAUUUCAGCAGUAGGUACUAAUUUAAUAAUACCUAGCCAUUUAAAGUAAUACUUAUACAUCAAUGUCAUCAAUGUAUAAAGUUUAGAUUUUCAAAAAUCUUUAUCUAGCUACUUUUCAAAUAUUUUAUUCUAAUCAAUGUAGUUAUUUUAAUAUUUUGGUAAUAAUUUUUAGCUUUUAAAACAUAAUUGGGUAGUUUAUAUCAUAUUUUAAUUAUUUCAUAAAAUUAAAUCAUAUAAUAUUUCUGUAUAUUUUAUUUUUUUUCUUAUCUGAUGUUACUUUGUCCAUAUAUGGGCACAACAUUGACCUACACCUACCUAAUUAGAUUUUCAUUCUUGCUCUAUUUGGUGAUGUCAACUAACUUUGAAUACCACUGUAUAGGUUGAAAUGCAUUAUGUAGGUUAAGUACAAGAAUAACUUUAUUUUAAAAUUAUUUAAAUACUUAACAAUAUUAAUAUUAGUUAGAUAAAUAAUAUUAAGUAUUAAAAUGUUAGGUACCUAUAUUAUCUAUAAUCAUGGUCAUUGAUGUAGAAAAUGGAUAAAUAAUAAUUGUAAAUCUUUCUAUAUUAUAAAUGUCUAUUCAAUUUUUGUUUAAACUAUCAUGAAAAUUAAUGUUUGAUAACUUAAAAUCAUUUAAAAAUGUAUUAAUCAACAAUUUAAACAUUUCUUAUUCACUUAAAAUUAAUUAACAAUAAUAAUUAAUAAUAAAACUUAAAUGUUUUAUAAACUAAAUUUAAGAAGGUACCUAUCAUAUUUCACAUAUUAUGCAAAAAAAUAUUUCAAAUUUAUAGCAUACUUACCUAAACAUUAUAAUUAUGUUUCAUAUAAAAACACAAGUGUUCUAACUAGCUUGGAUAUUAUUUUAAGUUGGUAAAUCAUCUAAAUUUAAUGCAAUAACCAUAAAAUAUAUAACAUUCCUUGAUAACUAUUAGUACCUCAGUGAUGCCAGAGCAGUCGAAGCACUUGCCCUCUGUUCAAACAUAGCAUUUCAUCCCUCCCAAUGAAAUAUAGAUAACUUUAUAAAUAACAUAAACAAAUAUUUAAAUUCUAUUUCCAACUAUCCUUAUUAAUCCCUCGUGAAUAAAAAUAUAUAGUACUAAAAUUUCAAAUAAAUAUUUUUUAUUAUUUUAUAACAGAACUGAUAGUAUGAUUUCAAAAAACAAGUCGAAAUUGAUAAUAAUUCAUAAUACAUGACUAUUCACUACACAAAUUACAUGUAAUUUGAUACAUAAUAAUCUAUGACAACAUAGAACUGUAUAUCUAUAGACAUUUUAUUUUAUUUUUACUUUUAAGUUAUGUUUGGAUGUACAAAGGAUGUACAUCAAGUCAAGGUUCAAAAUUAACAGCAAUGCAUUCCAGUUCACAUUUUCAUAAAGAAUAAAAGUUUUUUUAUUGCUGUUCACAAAUCAUUUUAUAAAUAUAUUACAUAAGUUUUUUUUUUUUUUAAUGAUGUGUUAAACUAUAGUUCAAUACAUUUAUCAUUUUGUAAACUGGUGAAAUAGUAAAAAAAAAAAAUAAUAAUAUUAUAGAUUGGGAAGGUAAAUCCCCAUGAUAUACAUGUUCCUACAUGUUUAUCAUGGGGAGAAGACAGUUCUCAUAAAAGUUUACAUAUUAAUAAAUUAUUUAUUUAUUGUAUACUGGUAUAAAAACAUUGUAAAACUGCUAUCAUACAAAUUAUUGUUAUACAAAAUAAUUUAAAUAUGAAUUUUUAUUUCUAUUAGAAAUUCCUAGUGGGACAAUGCUCUAUAUAUAUUUAUAUAUAUUCAUGUUUUUGUUAUAUUUAUAAUUAUACUUCAUCAAUGUUUUAUUUUAGGCUUGUAUUGAUGACAAUCUAGAUAUGGUUGAAUUUUUGGUUGAACAUGGAGCUGAUGUAAAUAGGGGUGAUAAAGAAGGAUGGACACCAUUACAUGCAACAGCAUCUUGCGGAUUUGUUAGCAUUGCAAAGUUAGUAUUAACUUUAAACAGUAUAUUAUUUUAAUUUUCAAUCUAAAAUAAUUAAUGUUGAAUUUUUUUAUAUUAUACUAUCAACUUUUUAGAUACACAUUUUUUAUAUGUUUAAAAUGUAAAACAUUUGCAUUGUAGUUUUUUCAAUAUUCAAAUGGCAAAUUUACUACUCACAGGCCAUCAGUUAUAGUUAUUUUUAGACAGCUCUUCACAAUCCAAUUUAAAAAUGGGAUUGUUGCUACUGUUAGGAACUCUGUAGUGUUUGUAGACUUUGCCAGCUGGCUCAGCCUCUGUAUUUUACAUAGCUUAUACAUUUUUUAGAAAUUAUGUUUUCAAUAAUAAACGUAAUAGGUUAAUAUAUUAGGAUGUUCUGGAUAUCAAUGAAUUUUAUUUAAACUAAUUGUUGGCAUAACAAAUUUCAAGUUAUAUAUCAGUUAGUCAAGUUUAUUACUUCUGAAAAGUAAUAAAUAAUUUUGAAUACAUUUCAUUACCUACCUCUUUAAAAUUAUUAUAAAAUAGAAAAAAGUUUGUCAAAUUUUAAUAGAUUUGGGAGCAUAGUUCCUACUAAUAUUAAUUUUGGAAGUUAUAAUUUGUAAAUACCUUUAAUAAAUAUUUACUUAUUGCAAUGAAAUGUAUAUUUAAUAAUAAAAUAUAUCAAUUAAACGAUACAAUUUUUAUUUUUUUGCCUAAUAAGUGACAAUGAAUAAUUCUUACAACAAAACGAAAUUAGGAGAUGUGAAAUAUAUAACUUUACUAGACAACUAUUUCUCGAAUAAUGGGUAAUUCUAAAUUAAUCAAUAUUAAUAAAAUAAUGUGUGUCAAGUCAAUAUUAUUUAGAUUAGAUUCGCAUGUAUAUUUAUUAAUUGAACUUAUACAUAUGAUUUCGAUACAUUACAAUGAUUAUAAAUAUAGGUGGUUUUUAUUUUAGAUAUUUAUUAGAACAUGGGGCAGAUGUAUCAGCUAUUAACUGUGAUCAAGAACUAGUAACUGACAUUGCAGAAUCUGAUGAUAUGAGACAACUUCUAGAACAACAUUUAAGAGAUAUUGGUGAAUAAAAAAUGAUUUUAAGUAGAGUAUAUUAUUAUCAUUAUAUUUAAAAUAUUCUUUUUUCUCAAGGUAUUGAUUGUGAUGAAGCAAGAAACAAAGAAGAAAGACUUAUGCUAAAAGAUGCGAGAGAUUGGCUCAGUACUGGAAAAUUUAAGGAUUCUCCUCAUGCUACUACUGGUGCAAUGGCAAUACAUGUUGCUGCUGCCAAAGGAUACAUCAAAGUUUUAGAGUAACACAUAAUAAAAAAAAAUUAACUUAAAGUUAAAUUUUUUGAAGUAUUAUUUCCUUGUUAGGCUUCUUAUUCAAGCUGGUGCAGAUGUUGAUUGUCAAGAUUAUGAUGGAUGGACACCAUUACACGCAGCAGCAUAUUGGGGCCAAAAAGAAGCCUGUGAAAUAUUAGUUGAACAUUUCUGUGAUAUGAAAAAGAAAAACUUUGUGGUAUUUAUUUUAUGUAUUUUUUGAUAAUAUGAAGUUUAGAAAAGGGUACAUAAUAUGUCAUCUAGCACAAUUAUGUUAUUGUAACAUAAUGUAUCUUAGUUACAUAUAUAAAUUAAAUAUCUUUAUUAUCUUGGUUAUUUAAAUUUAAAAGUGACUAGUUAGAUAAUAGAAAAAUGAUAGAUUAAAUUAAUUAUGGUAAAACGGAAAUUCACAGUGUAUGUAUUAGUCAAUGUUUAUUAAAUUGUAUCACUUGGGGAAAAAGAAAUUAUUUUUAUAAAACUUCAGAGCUAUUGAUAGUGUAUGGGACUGAGUGUUAGACAUUGAAAAAAAGAUAUGAAAAUAAAUUAAAAUGAUAAUAUUAAUUUGGAUAUACCCUAUUAAUACAUUAAUCAAUUAAUUAAUUGUUAACAAAUUAUAAAUUUAUAAAAUUCUUAUAUUUGGUAGUUUAAAAUGUGUGUUUAUAUCUGGUAAUUCAUUUAAGUGGGUACACUCAUUAUCUUAAAAAGUAUUAAUUUUUUUGGAAUUUGUUUUCUAGAACAUUCAAGAAUGCUUGUUUCUUAAAUUAUAGAGCUGCUUGUCUUUACAAUUUUAUAUUUAUAUUAUUUUUUGUCACCCUUAUUUUUGGGGGUAAAAUCACUACUUAUUUUUGAUUUUCAAAUAGCAGCCUAUAUUAAAAAUUUCAUAAAUAGAGUAUUAGUUAAAAUAAAUAUUGGUGUUGAAAUUUUUGAUUUCUGUCAAUCCGUUAAUGAGAUAUUUCACUUUUAAGUUUGGGUUGGAGGAAAGUAGUGGAGUAUCAUUUGUUUGGCGGUACGUCAUGCGGCGUGUUAAUAAUCACUACUCUUCUCCCGUUUAAAAUUAAAAGUGGAAUAUCUUGUAAACGACUACAGGAAUCAAAAAUUUCAACACUAAAAUUUAUUUUAAAUAAUACUCCUUCUAUUUAUGGAAUUUUUAAUAUAGGUUUCCAUUUGAAAAUCAAAAGUAAGGAAGGGGGGGGGGUUUACCUCCAAAAAUUAACAUGAAUAUAAAAUUGUAGAACUGCUUGUUUCUUGAAUUUUCUAGAAAACAAAUUCCAAAAAAAUUAAUUAUUUCCAAGAUAAUUGUAUCCACUUAAAUGAAUCACCGGUAUAUGGAAAAAGGGCAAAAUAAGCUGUGAAAUAUAAACAUAGUGAAUAAAGAAAAAAAUAAUGCACUUUUAUCUGACCUCUCUUAAAAUCAUACACAAAAAAGAAAAAUGAUUUUUUUUUUAUUGAUAUGAAUAUAUUUUCUUCUUUGCCAUCUAUCCCUAUCUUAAACUAUCUCUCCAAUAUUCCCCUCACAAAGUUUUGAAAUAUUUAAAUUUUUCUUCUUUUCAUAUUACAUAUUAUGUAACGACACACCUCACUUAUAUUUUGAUAAUAUAUUUUAUUCCUUCUAAAAAUGACAUCCAUGUUUUCUGAAAAUUUAAAAAUAUGGUGUAAUGUUUAUGUAAUUAGAAAAGUUCGGUACACAAUUUUCCUGUAAUAAAUAAGAAGGAUCAAAAAAUUAAAUAAUUCUAAUUAACACUUUUUUUUUAACUUUUAAAAAUGUUUUUUAAAACAUCAAUAACACUUAGUCUAGUCAAAUCUUGGAUUACAAAAAUUUUUAGCUUAUAAAUUAUAUUUAUUCAAAAAUGUAUUUAAUUAUACUUUUGGGUAGACAAAUAUAUACAUAAAUAUUUUGUUUAAUAGGGUCAAAUACCUUUUGAUGUAUCUGAUGAAGAAAUGAAAGAUUUAUUAGAUGAGUUAAAGAAGAAACAAGCUUCUCAAAAUAAAGAUAUAUCCGAUAAAAAUUACCUUAUAAGUAAUAAAUUACCAAAUUCUCUGAAUCAGAAAAGAAGGUUAGUUGUAUUGGCUGUUUGCUAUAUUUUUUUUACUGAGCUUUCUUUAAGUUUACAUGUUUGAUAUAUUGGUUGGGUCUUCUACCUUGUGUUUGUGUUUUAUGCUUUUAUAUUCUUUGCUUGUUUGCAUGUUUUUUUUUUUAUGUGUUCUGCUUCUGUAUUCCUGUUGGAUGCUCUCUUAUCACAAAAUCAAUGUAGAUCUUCAAUCAGCAGGCUUUCCGGUAAUGAUAAAUCAACAUUGAAGAAGGAUAAAGAAACUGUCUUAGAUCGAACUCGGGUGAUUCAAGAGGAAGAAGAUGAUGUUAAAGUCAAGGAUGAUUCCACGAAAAACCAAAAAGUGGAAAUUGAACUUACACCCAUUGAACAACUGAAACCUGAAAAUAAUAUUGGUAAAAUGCAUUUAAUUUAAUAGUGGUUUUUUAAAUAAACAAUUACAUAACUUCAACAGGGAAUACUAUUAAAGAAUUUAAACAACCUACAGCUCCACCAUCGGACAAUAAUGAACUAAAGGUUCCAGAGGUGGUUUUGCGCAGAACUCAGAGUUUUGAAUCUGAUGAAAAGUUAGUAUUUAUUUUUUUUAAUCACAAAUUAUUAUAUUUAUUCAAGUGUGUAUUAUUAUUUAAAAUACAAUUGCAUGCAUAUAAAAUUGUAUCUUUAUUAAGCAUUAAUGCAUGUAAAUUAUUUAAGAUUCUAUGAGUUAAUAAAAUAUUAAUACAAAUUUUAAUAUAAGUCAUAUUUUAAAAUAUGAUAUUUCUUACGUGCACUAAGUUACUUAUUAAAUUAUAUACUUCAAUUUCAUGACAGUAUUCAAUUUCAUCAUAUUUAUUCUCAGUAAUAUCAAACUACAGUUAAAGUAGUUAACAAAUAAAAAGUGGUCUUUGUUUAUAUAUUCAAAAUCACAUGUGAGCAGCAGAUUUCUGUCAACAGAGUUAAAUUUUCCUUAGUGCUUGUAACCACUUCAAUUUAUUAUUUUUUAUUUAAACUCCAAAAAUCACUAAAAAAACAUUAUUUUUUGCAUACAAAUAGUGGGACAGGAGAUUGAAGAAGAGAUUGUGGUUAUACACGGAUCUCAUGUACAUAUUACACAUAAUAUUAAUAUCCGUUUUUUUAAUACAAAAGUAUUUUAUAUAACUGUGUAUUUCAAUAUACGCGUAAAGGAAAUCCUUAAUAGAAACUUAAACCUUCAAAAAACGUAUCCUGUGAAUACUUAUUUAGUAAAUAUCACUUAUAUAAAAUUGCUUUCUUCUAACUUCAUUUGGAGAGCUGUAGUUUUCAAAGUUUUAAUAAACAUCAGUCUUUCCUUAACCACCACACUGAAAUUUAUCUCCACUUGUAUUGCUGCUAUUUGCCUUUAAAACAACAAGAGUUUAAACUUAUUUGGUCCAGAAAAGCUAGAAGUAUCCAAAAGCAGUAGUUAAAAGAUCAUAUAUAUUAUUAUUAGAUAAAUUAUUCAUUUAUUAUAUAUCAGACAAAAUACAGUGCAAUAGUUUAUUUUUUGGGGAGACUAAAGUAGAAAGAGUAGGAUAAAAUAAUGGGGUUGUUGCAGUUACUAGUAUAAAUGGGAAGUUGAAAAGUAGAAUAUAGAUGGGAAUUUAAUUUAUAUCUGUAAGCAACGAUAAACCAUUGCUUAUGGAAAAAAAAAGAUUCUGAGCGGAGUUCAGUUGGUAGUGAUGCUUUGUCAACAAUAUACAUGUUAUUUUGUAGUAAAAAAAUUAAAUAGGCUUUAUAUAUUUUCUUUAAUAAAAUUUGUUUAAUGUUCACAAGUUUUUCUAAGAUUUUCCCAUGUUUCAUCACAGUUUUUCACAUUUUCUGGGAAAACUCUUGAGAAAAUCGAAAAAAAAACGUCUCUAAAGUACCUCACUAAUGAAAUUUCCUUUUAGAAACAUUGCUAUCAUUAAGAAUUGGAACAAAAUUGCUGGUAAAAAAGUUGUUCAGAGAAAUAAAAAUUUUAAGAUUAUAUUUAUUAUAUUUCGUAAAUUUUCCCAUUUUUUUUCCCCCGUUUUUCGCAUUUGAUGAGAAAAUCGAAAAAUGACCUUCCUAAAGUACCUUCCCACGCCAAUUUCAUUUCAAAAAAGGUGCUACAUGUAUAAAUCCAAGCAAGUCUUCUGGUAGAAAAAUUGCGUACAGAUGGAAAAAAAAAACUUCUUUGUAAAACUAUAAGCUUCUUCACUCCACUCAGAAUCUAAAAGACUAUUUCUCCUCCAAGAUAUAGCCUUUAAAAAAAUUAUUAGUGCUUCCUAUCCAUACAAAGUGUCAUUCUGUUAGUAAUUAUUAAUUAUAAUUUAAUUUGUUAUAGCUUUAUUAUACAAGAUACUAUGCAUGCUAUCAAAAUAUAUUUUAAUAUAAAUAUAUGUAAAGUUUUUUGAAUUGUGUGUUUAUGUGUAGUUAGUAAUUAUUUAAAACAAAAAAUAAAUAAUAAAUAAAAACAAUGAACUAAUAUUAAGAAUACUCAUAGAUUAUUUUAAAAAGUUGAAUAAAUUAUUUAACUACUUGAAGCACAUUUUUUUUAUGAAAAUAAUCCCAAAAAUAUAUAUUAUGAUUUAUGUUGCUGCUAUAUUUAUACAUUUUUGUAUGAAAACCGAUCGUGUGCUGUUAGUUUUAAUAUGAGGGUGUAUGUAUUUGUGUAAUAUUAAACCUAAACAUAAGAACAUUGUCUAUGUUUGUACAUUAGUUUUUUUUCGAUAUUUUUAUUUUCAUGUGAGUUACGGAUAUGUAAAAUAUUUCAAUUUUAAAAUCAUCCUAUUUCGCUUAAAAAUUAAAAUAUUGAGAAAAAAAUUCAAUGUAUAAACGCAAACAAUAUUUUUACCUUUAUCUUUGAUAAUAAGUCAAUAUACUCAAUGUUCAAAUUAAUGGCACAAAAUAGGUUAAUAUAUAAAUAUAACAACAUUAAACAAUUUCACCACAUUUACCAUAACAUAUAUAUUUUGUACUGAAAAUACAUUAAAUAAUAUUUUACUCAUAAUAAAGUGUACAGGGUGUCCCAUGAAGAUAUACUCAUUGCGAUAUCUCAGAAACUAUUAACUUUUUUCCAAAAUUUUGCUUUUCACUAAUUUAAUUUAAAGAAACAGCUCUAUAAUGUUGCAUUACUUUUUACAAAUAGUAACAUAUAUUAAAAGUUCCAUUUAUAGAUGGAAUAGUAGUUUAAUACAUGUUUGUGUUAAAUUUUUGUAUGAUUUCUGUCAAUCCAUUUACAAAAUAUUCCAUUUUUAAAUUUUGGGUAGAGAGUAGUAGCACUUUAAACACUGCCUACAGUCCCAUUUGCUACACAUUAUGGUGUUCUACUAGCCUUCCUUCUAUCUAAACUUUUAAUAGUAUAAAAUUGUAUAGGUUAAUGGGUUAACAGAAUUCAAAAACUUCAACAAAUUUUUCUGUUUAAAAUAAUACUUCAUUUACUUAUGACAUUUUUAAUAUAGGUUGCCAUUUACUCCAUUUACAUUUAGUGAUUUUACUUCCAAUAAUAAUGGUAAUGUAAAAUAUUAAAGUAGAUUGUUUCUUAAAUUGUCAAAAAAAAAAAUAAAUACAUCUGAAAAAGGUUAAUAUUUUCCAAAAUUUUGCAAUGAAUGCAUCUUCAUGGGGGCAUUGUAUAGUAUUGUUUUAAAUUUUAUAGACAUAUAUAAAUAUAACGUUUAAUAUAUAAAUUAACAUUAUUUGUAUUAUUUUGUGUGUUUGCUUUGUGUGUGUGUGAGCAGAUUUUAUCGACGUUAUUGUGAAUUGCGUGCUAAAAUUAAAGGUAACCUGUGGGGAGUUAUACACCCUUCUCCAUCUACAGCAAGUGCUUCACCUCCUAUGAGAACGGCUUCAUUAAAAGAAAAGCCUGUGUCAAGGUAUUGUAAAUUAAUAAAAUGAUUAUAACAAGAUUGUCUAUUUUCAGAUCUAAAAAUACAAAUAUAUUUGUUUAUGUAUUUUUAUUUGUUUAUUUUUAUUAUUUUUAGGCGGAACAAAAGUAAUUUUAGAGAUGAUCAAACUAAUUUAGCAACUGCACAGAGUAGUUUAAAUUCAAAUGAUACAACACACCCGCCUCAAAACAUUCGAAGGUAUUAUUUGAAAAUUAUAAUAAUUUAUGCGUUUAAUUUUUUUUUUUUUAAUUCCGGAUUAAAAGUAUGAAAAUAAGUUACUAUUUAACGCGUUUAUUUCAUUUUUUUAAGUAAAAUUUUCUAAAAAUUAUACUGGUUACACUUAUAUGUUAAGACAUUAUUUUUAUUUCCAUUACGAUGUUAUACUCGACAAUAUUAAUAAAUACAUAAUUAUUUUAUAUAGAAAUAGUUUGGAUAUAUUACAUUUUUGAUGUAUAAUGUGAGUUUCAUAUAUUAUUUGAAUUAUAAAUUAAAGUAGAAAUUGUAUGCUACACCAUUUCUUAAAAUUUAAUUUUUACAUCUACUGGUUUUGGAAAUAAUAUUUUUUCUAGUAAAUUACUGUGUGUAUAAUUUCAUAUUUCAACUAUUUAUAAUUUUAAGGCAAUAAAAUGAUUUGUGAUUAUUAUUUAUAAUAUGUUUAUGUAGACAGACAUUUUCUGUGUAACCAUUAUAAAUUUAAUUUGAAAAAAAAAAAAAUGUCAAAGCAUUUUGAUAAAUUAUUGUAUAAUAUAAUUAUAAUUUAAAAAUUAAUCCGGGUUCACUUUACUUAAUGUAUAAUUAUAUUAUAAAGGAGCAAUAAAACAUGUUUAAUAUUAUUAGUGGUGUCAAAGCAUUUAUCAGUGGCCUACAAAUGCAACAGAAACAAUCAGAAACAACUCAUAAGAUAGUCCCUGGGAACAUCUUUAAAAACUUUUUCAAGUUUGUUCUUGGAAUAGUAAAUAGUUGUUUGGUUUAUAAAAUAACAAACUUUCUGUGAAAACUGCUUAUUGACAUUAUUUAAUUUUACAAAAACUUGGAAUCUAAAUUUUAUUAUUUCAUUUUUGUUGGUUACUAAUAAUUAAAAUAAUAUUUAAUAUUCACUGAUUUUAAUCUUAUUGAUUUCUGUGUAUUUGUGAACAGCCAUAUUUAUAUUUUUAUUAUUUGGUGUAUUAUUCUAAUAUAUUGAAAUAUAUAUUAUACAUGCAUAAAUUUGUUAUUCCUAAAAUAUUACUUUAUACUUUCUUGAUAAAACUUGAAUAUUUAAUUAAAACAAUGUCUUUAUUUAUUAUUAAUUAUAAUCUUAUUUAAUAUUUGCAUAUUAUGAAAACUAUUUAGGUAAUGGAUUCCAAGUUGUAAAUUUUUGUAUCAAUAUUGUACAAAUCUUGAGUUACAUGUUUUGUGAUAUUAAUAUUUACAUUUUUGUCUAACAAAAUUGUCAAUAUUUGUUUUGUAAAUUUUGAACUAGCACUUUGUAUUCAAUUUAAUAUAUUUUAUAUUAGUAUAAAUGUUUUACAAUCAAUUCUUAGUAAACAUAUAAAAAAUGUAAUACAAAUUUUAUUUUUAGGUCAUUUGUUCCUCCAGUUAGAGAUGAUGAGUCAGAAACUCAACGAAAAGCACAUGCCAAACGUGUUCGAGAAACUAGACGGUCUACUCAAGGUGUAACAUUAGAAGAACUCAAAUCUGCUGAACAAAUUGUUAAGCAAAAAAAUCAGGAUACAGGCAAAAGUAAACUAAACAACUUUGCCCAAGUAGAAACAAACAACAACUCUACAAAUAAUAUUGGAACACCUCAAGUUAGUAUGAUUUAUUCAUUAAAAAUCUUUAGUAUUUUAUUAAAUAUAGUAGAUAAAUAUAAAAAUAAACAAAUUAAUAAAUGUGUCGCCUGGAUUAUUAUAAUAAGAUUAAAAUACGACCGGUUUCGAAUUAAAAAUUCAUCAUCAGGUAUAUCACAGUCAAAAUGUAAAAUGCGACUGAAUAUAAAAAUUAAAUGAAGGAAUAAAUAGAAAAAAAUCAUACAAAUUGGUUGUUUUACAUAGAAAUAAUUUAUUAAAAUAGAAGAGAUUAUUUAAAAUGGGUUAUUAUUAGACAUAGAUAUGUUAAGAAAUAUAAAUCAUUUGGUUAUUAUUUAUUAUCUAAAAUGUAUUGAUAUAAGAUAUUAUUUUUAAAAUCUGUUUGUACAAUUAAAAAAUUAUUAAAAUUAGUUUUCUUUAUUUCAUUGUAUAUAUGUAUUCUUCUAUAACUGAAUUAAUGUAAAUAUUAUUUUGGGUAUUUAAUAUCUGUGUAAGUCUCUUUAAGUCUGUAUUAAUAUUAAAGUAUAUUUAUAUUAUAGUUAUUUUCUAUGAAUAUAAAAAAUGAUUCUAAAAUAUGUUUAACGAUAUUUGAAUUAGGGGCAGUCUUUUUAAUUUUAUUCCAGGAAUGUAUUCUUUAUAUCUUAUUUUAAAUUUUUUUUUUGUCUUACCAGUAUAAAAUGUAUUACAGUUACAUUUAAGUUUAUUUAUAUCAGUAUUUUCAAAAGAAGGGGGAUUUUUGUGAAGUUUUUAUUCUAUUGUUUAUAUGUAUGUUUAAAUUAUUAUUAGUCUUAAAAGCAAUUUUUACAUUAUUUGUAUUAUUGUUCUGAAUUUUAACAAAUUCAUAAGACAUAUUAUUUUGAUAUUUUAUACUACAAUAGUUAACAACAUUAUUUGGUGAGUUGUGUAUUAUUUUUUCCUUAAUACAUUUGUGAAUUUUUUUAAUAGUAUUUAAUUUGAAAUUAAUUCUAUGGGAUAUAUUAUAGAUAAUAUUGAGCUAGUGUUUAUAAUUAUGUUUAUUUAAUGGAAUACGUUCAAGCCUAUAAAAAAUUGAAAUUUGAAUUAAAAAUGAUAUAUAUUAAGAAUAAGGGUGAUUAGAAUCAUGUGGUAUUAUAGCAUCAGUUUGUGUAGGUUUUUCUGUAAAUACUAAAAUCAAAUUUGUUGUUUAAUAUAGAAACUGUAAGAUUUAAGAAAUUGUAUUUCAAGUGUAAAUUGAAUGUUUUUAUUUAUUUUGUUUAACCAGUUAACUAAAUUUUCUGGUUGUCUACUUGAAUCUCUAAAUAAAAUCAAGGUGUCAUCAACAUAUCUAUAAUAUGAUUUUAAAUAUGGACUGUAUAUUUUGUUGUUAAUACUGGGUGAUACAUUUAAGUAAGUUCACAUAUUAUCUCAGAAACUAUUAACUUUUUUCAGAUUUUGUUGUCUAGAACAUUAAAAAACAAGCAUAUCUACAAUUUUAUAUUUAUAUUAUUUUUUGUCACCCUUAUAUUUGUUAGUAAAAUAACUACUUAUUUUUGAUUUUCAAAUGGCAGCCUAUAUUAAAAAUUCCAUAAAUAGAUUAUUAGUGUUGAAAUUUUUGAUUUCUGCCAAUCCGUUGAUGAGAUAUUUCACUUUUAAGUUUGGGUUGGAGGAAAGUAGUGGAGUAUCAUUUGUUUGGUGAUAUGGCACGCGGCGUGUUAAUAAUGUAUUACUACUCUUCUCCCAUUUAAAAUUAAAAAUGGAAUAUCUUGUAAACGACUACAGAAAUCAAAAAUUUCAACAAUAAAAUUUAUUUUAAAUAAUACUUCUUCUAUUUAUGGAAUUUUUAAUAUAGGUUCUAUUUGAAAAUCAAAAGUAAGGGGGGGUUUUACAUCCAAAAAUUAACAUGAAUAUAAAAUUGUAGAGCUGCUUAUUUCUUGAAUGAUCUAGUAAACAAAUUUCAGAAAAAGUUGAUACUUUCUGAGAUAAUGAGUGUACCCACUUAAAUAAAUCACCUGGUAUUAUUGGUUAGGUUAGGUUAGGUUAAUAAUUUUACAUGUAAAUUUCAGAUAAAAGUGUAUUUAAAGGACCACCCAUAACUAGCCCUUUUUUUUGUGAAUAUAAUUUAUUAUUAUAUUGGAAAUAGUUUUGAUUAAUAAUUACAUUUAUAAAUCAUAGCUGUUUGUUUUUUAUAGAAGUAUCAGUAUUCAUGUUUAAUUUUUCUUUUAUGAGAGAGUAAAUAUUUAGCAAAUUUAUAAGCUGGAAGAGUUUUAAAGUUAAUUAAUUGAUGGAUUUGAUUACAUAUCUUGUUUAUGUAAUUUUAUGAAUAGAUGCAAGUGUGUAGCUUCGAUUUUGUAAUCAGAUUUUAAUAAAAAAAAAAAAAAUAUCGGACUUUAGGUAUGAUUUCUUUCAAAUUUGUUAUCAGUUUAUUAAUUUGUUUAGUGUAAAUUAUAGUUGGGUCAUAUAUUAAGUUUUGAAUAUUAUUAUUUUUUAUGAAAUCUAAAGUUUUGAUAUUAAUUCAGUUUUAGAAGAAUUACAUAUAAGCAAUGAAAUAAUGAAAAAAAUAAUUUUAAUAAUAUUUUAAAUGUACAAAUGGUUUUAAAAAUAAUAUCUUAUGUCAAUACUUUUAGAUAAUAAAUAAUAACCAAAUGAUUUAUAUUUCUUAACAUAUCUAUGUCUAAUAAUAACCCAUUUUAAAUAAUCUCUCCUAUUAAAAUAAAUUAUUUGUCAAUUUGUAUAAUUUUUUUUUCUAUAUAUUCCUUCAUUUAAUUUUUAUAUUCAGUCACAUUUUACAUUUCGACUGUGAUUGAUGAUGAAUUUUUAAUUCAAAACUGGUCGUAUAAUACACUUAUUAUAAUACUCCAGGCAACGAAAUUAUUCAUUUAUUUAUUUUUAUUUAUAUAUUUAUUUAUGAGUAUUAACUCUAAGAAUUAUUAAGUACUUUAUUGUUUCCGUUGUGGUGUUUAAAAUUUGCUGCAAUAAAUUAAUUUUACACGAAUAUAAUAGAAAGUAUGAAACAAAAAAAAAAAAUUUUCAAAUAUGAUUUAAGACAUUCAUUCUUUGUUAAUCUUUUGAUAGUAUCUAAUGAGUUAUAUUUAUUAUUUAUAGUAAUGUUUGAUUUUUCAAAAAAUUAAAAAAUAUUAACAAUUUUUCAAAUUCUAUAGUUUAAAUAUUAUUUUAUUUCUUCAAUUUUUUAAUUAAUAUUUAGAUAUUUAGUUACUACUUUGACUUUAAUAUUAUAAGUACCUAUUUGGUAUUUUUUAAUCAUGAUACGAAUAGUUUUCAUCAUUUUUUCAAUUGUUUUUAAUGAAAUAACCUAUAUUUUUCAAGUUUUUUAUUCUAUUAUUAAAAUUAGAACCUAAUAAUAUCUGUAUAGACAUGCAUCUAGAAAAUUUUCAAACUCUUUAAAUGUUUACACAAAUUGUAAUGAUUUAUUCAUUUUCUGUGGUUUUGAUAUUUUAAAAUUAACAGCAAAAUAUCUGGUUUAGAAUAUGAAAAUAAUAACGGUAAAAAUAUAAUAUUAUAAGUACUCUAAAUAAGUAAACAAGUUGUAUUAUAACAAUGCUUGAUAAUUUAGAGAAUAAAUGGUUCACUUUUAUUUGUAAUCAGUUGUUUUUUAGUAUAAAUGUAUGCCUUUAUAAACUAAAAGAAGUAAACACAUACAUAAAUGUGUAGUGUAUAAUGGAUAAAUGUGUUAGUAGUGUAGUUAAUUUAUAAUUAAUGUAUUUAAAUUUUUAAUAAUUCUAAUAAAGUAACAUUUGUUUCCACUGUUAAAAAUAUGCUUAGGGUUUUUAGUUCAAUUUAUUAAAUUAUAAAUUAUUGUUUACUUUUAGUAAACAGUACAAAAAAUUAUUAUGUUUAUUUCUAGUUUAUGUAGAAUAUAAAUAAUACAAAUUCUAUUUGACAAAAUAAUUGUAUAUCUUCUGUACAGUCUGGACACACCAGACUGUACAGAUACUUUAUUGUAUUUCUUAUAUUUUGUUUCAUUGAUUGGAUGUAUUUUAUUUUUUGAUAAAUAUUAUUAUUUAUUUCUUCGAAAAGAUAAUGGGCCCCACUGAAUAUAAUACAAUAAUUAUUCUCCAGUUUUUACGGUUCUUGACAGACUUUCGUUGCCUCUACUAUAUUCUUCUAUCUAUUUCUGUCCAUGCUAUUUGCUAUGGUUAUACCAUUUGAGCACUUGUUUAAAUUGUUAACCCUAUCUCCCAGCGCUGUCUAGAACGCCCCCUGGGUCUUUUCCUGUUUAUUUUUCUAACUACAGCAUUUAUCAGAAUUCCGGAUGACCUCCAGACAUAUUCUAUUCCCCUCGAUUUGCUUACUCCUAAGGUAUGUACCAACAAAUCUGUUUUUGAGUAAAUUUGUUGCAAAUCUCCAUUAGUUUUUCUUCUGUACAUUUCAUUUUCUUUAAAAAGCCCAUAUUUCCUUCCGGAUAUUCUUUUUGAAAAAAGACUAUUCUUUCUUCGUCUCCUUUAGUGGUUGACUAUGUUUCACACAUGUAUGUUAUAACUGGUUUUAGAAAACUUAAAUAUAGGUAUUUCUUUGAUUGAUUUUCUAGAUAGAAGUUUUCACUAGUAGUUUUUCUUAAGUACAAUAACCCUUGUUAUCUGUCUAAUUUCUCAAGUACUAAGUUAAAAAGAAUAGGAGACUUCGCAGUUCUCUGUUCAAGACCAGUUUUAACUCAGAAACUCUGUGAUAUACAGUUUACAAAUUUAACUUGACACAAGGUAUGUGUAUUGCACUCUUUAAACAGAUUUAUGUGUUUAUUAGAGAUUCCAAAAUUCUUUAAGGCCACCCAUAGUUUAUCUUGAAAAAUGUUAUCAUAAGUUCAUUAUUUAGUGUUUUUCUUGAUAUAUUUUCACUACUAUAUUUUCUACUAGUUUUAAGUAAAAAUUGGAUAUCUCAGAUCAAUAUUAAUAAACUAGAAUCACAAUUCACUGAUUAGCAGAAUGAAAAAAAUUAGUUGAGAAGAUAUUGGAGAUAAGUAAUAUAUAGCGGACAUGAAAAGAACUUAAAAACCUAAACUAAUAUGACAUACCUCUUUAUUUUUUUCAAUCUACAUUUUCUAGUAUUUUUUCUUCGACUAGAAUCUAUGUGGAUAAAAUUGUUUAAUCAAACAGAAAUGUUAGAAAAUUGAACUCAAGGUUCAUUUUAAAAGUUUUAUUUAGUAGUAAAAAUUUAAGCCUAAUGUGAAAUUUUUUUUUUUUAAUAAUCCUUUUAAGAUCUAAAUUUAGUAAAAAAAAAUUAUAAAUACUACGGCAUUUCAAAAUAUUUAUAGCUGAAUUUCACUCAGAACUGUAUUCUGUCUUCCCAACUUCCCACCUACAACAGUGCUACUGAUCAGCAGUAUAAGCUUAUUUAAUUUUACUUGUUAUAUUUGGAUCAAAAAAUGAGAAUCAAUACGAGUAGGUUUGAUAAAUAUUAAAUACCAUGAUGUAAAAACCCACAAUUCUCGCUGUUGCUGCAUCUUUAUCUGUAAGACAGCUGUUUUAAUAAAUUCAAAUUAAGACAGAUAUUGCAUAAGAAACUUUAAACCAAUAUUAGGCAUAUUCAAGUAUAAAAAUAUUAUAUUUUAAGGUAUGUUAUAUGAAUAUGUAUAUAUACGUGUAUACUAUACUAUCACAUAUGUUAAGUAUUAUAUUGUAAAUUGUUUAAUAUUAAAAUCAAUACAAUUUAGUGUUUUUCAUACUGGUAAAAAUUACCAAAAUUUAAUUAUAAUACUCAUAACAUAAACAUCUUAGUAAGUCUGGCACUGCAAUUUGCAUUGUUUUCCAAAGCUAUUUCAUGUAUUUGUUGACAAUUUUUACUUUUUAGUCUUUUUUUUUUUUGAGGGGGUUGGAUUUAAAAUUUAAUUUUAUGAUUACUACAUGAUAGCAAGAUUUAUAUAUAAAAACCUAUUAAGUAUUUGUAUUAUAUUAUCGGACAAUAAUAAUAUCAAAACGUAGAUAACAAGUGUUUCAUUUUAUUGUAAAUUCAAUACAAUGCCUUGCUAAGGUGCAUAUUUGUAAGUUGGUUGAAGAUACACAAAUAUAUUUUAUCAUUUUACAUUAAUUUAUUAGAUAUUAUCUAUUAUCAAAAAAUAAAUAAAUAACAAUGGAAAACCAUUUAUCAAUUUUUUUUUUUUUUAAAUAUCCAAUUACCAUAAACUAUCAAAGAAUGUAGUGUUGUUUUUUUGGGAGGGGGGAACAAUAAAAUACAUUUAAAUUAAUUUUCAUUUCUAUUCUCAAAAUCUGUAAUAAAUAGUAACAGUUGCCAACAACAACUUUAUUUUUAAUCUUUUUUAACUUAACGAACCAAUUUUCCUCAAUUAAUGGGUUCAUAAACAUGGAUAAACCCGUUGACAACAUUAUUAUCUAACUAUCUAGAAACUUUUAAUGUUGCUAUAUGGCUAUAAUUUAAAAGUUUUUGAUGGUACACGAAGACACGUUAUUUAGGCACUCUGUUUCAGCACUUUAAUGAAUAUUCCCAAAAAAAAAGACCAAGUCCAAUGAAUUCCUUAUAUCCCAAAAUCUGUAUAUACUAACUUUCAGGAAAAUCAUAUAGUUAGGAUAUCAAUUAAAAAAGUAUAUAUAUGUAUACAAUUAAUACUCGUAUUAUAUUUAUUUAUGAAAUGUAAGGGUUGCUCAAUGGUAUACGAAGUUUAAAAAGCACCAGGAUUUUAUUUUUAAUAAUUACAAAAAUAAAGUUAGAUAUUAUUUAAAGAUAUCGCCUUCAAAAUACUGUCCUCCAGACAAUAUGCAGUGGUUCCAGCGAUCUUGCCAUUUUUCGAAAGUCCUUUGAAAUUGUUCUAAAGUUAUAGCUUUGAGUUCNAGAAAUCGCACGGGGCUAAAUCAGGUGAAUAGGGAGAAUGUGGGACCACAGGUAUUUUUUUUCAGCCAAAAAUUCACGAAUUGACAACGCUGAAUGUGCUGGCGCAUUGUCGUGAUGAAGAAACCAGGUUCCACUUCGCCAUUUUUCUGGGCGCUUUUUACGAAUUCACUCUCGCAAACCUAUUAAUACAUCUUUAUAGAAUACCUGAUUGACUGUUUGUCCAUGGGGCACAAAUUCCUAAUGAACAAUACCUUUAAUAUCAGAAAAAACAAUCAGCAAGUCUUGAAAUUCGAUCUCACUUGGCGAGCUUUUUUUUGGUUGAGGGGAAAAUUUUGUUUUCCACUGAGAUGACUGUAACUUUGUUUCCGGAUCGUACCCAUAAACCCAUGUCUCGUCCCCUAUGAUGAUGUUUUUUAUUAAAUUUAUAUCAGCAGAUCGAUUUUUAAGGUCUUGACAAAUCGUCAAACGAUUUUCCUUUUGUUCCGAUGUCAGCAACCGCGAAACGAAUUUAUUAGCAGCUACACUUCUCUUUUGUACAUUUUCCGUUAAAAUUUCAUGACAAGAUCCAGUUAAAAUUCCUGCUUAAUUUGCUAACUCGCGAACAGCUAAUUUGCGGUCAUUUCGCAUUUUUUCGUAAAUGUUCGCCACAUCAUCGUUUCUAGAUGUCGACGGUCUUCCAGAACGUGGAUCAUCUUAAAUUAACUAUCGACCAUCCUUGAAACGUUUAAACCACUCGAAAGUAACAGAGCGACUUAAAGAAUCGUCUCCAAAAGCAGUUUUAAUCAUUGUGUACGUUUCAGUUGCAUUUUUACCAAGUUUCAAGCAAAAUUUGAUGCACACACGUUGUUCGUUAAUUUCGGAUAUGACGAAAACGGAAAACGAAACAAACUGAAUAGAUUUAACCACGUUUAAUAUUAAACUGAGAUCAGAUAGCGACUUCGGGUUUUGUUCAAAAUAUUCUCAAAUACGUUGGGAAUACAUCUAAUUAUAAUUUAAAACGUUAUCAUGUAUAGAUUAGCCGCAAUAAUAUUUGUCCUGGUACUUUUUGAACAGACCUCGUAUUAUAGUAUAGUUUUAAAUAAAAAUAAAAAAAAAAAUUUUUCUUUUUUAAAUUCUGAGCAUAGCAAGAAAUGUUUUAAUUUUACUUGAUGUGUGCCUUUUUUUUGUGGCGCUGCCGGAGGCAGAUUUUCGUGAGGGUUUCUUAAAACAAGUAAUUAAUCCCACGUAAUGUGUGUAUUGUGUGCAUGUUUAAAAAAUCACGGAACACGGAAUUUCGGUAUCAGGAGUGCUAUUGUGGAGUCACUAGUUUUGUGAACCGCACUGUAGUUAACUUUUCUAUUAGAAAUUUUACUCCAAUCAAAAAACGUCAUAAUAGCUUUCAUAUAUUAUUUUGGAUCAAGUUUGUGUUGGAAAGAGUGUUUUUUUGAUUUUCCGUGUAAUUUUCUUAAUUAACAGUUUCAUUAUUUCUUAUUUUGUUUUUUAUUUUAAUUUGGUUAAAAAUAAUCAUAGAAACUUGACAUUUUUUCAGAGUACUUAGACUAUUAUAGAGUGGUAAAAUGUUUGAAAACUUUCAAGCAAUUUUUUAAUUUUUUAUAAGCAUUUGAUAUGAUUGAGUUUUUAUUUUUUUUUUUGCAUAAAUGCAAAUGUUUGAGUCGAAAUACUUGAAAAUUGAAUACAAAGUUCAUUAUAAGUUGUACUUUCCUGAUAUCUGUUUUUCGUUAACAAUAAUUUAUUGUUGGGUACAGGCAUAAAUACAACAAAUCUAUGUUUACUGAAUUUGUAAUGUCCCACCUACACUGUGGCACAUCUAUCAGCUGUUUUUUUUUAAACAAAUUUAGAUAUUUUUUUUAUGGAACUUUUGAGGUUAUAUGGGCUAUUACAUUUCCAGCCUUAAAAAUACGUUGACCAAUAUAAAUUUGUACUUAAAGCAUAAGAGUUUUUCCAAGUUAGUCAAUUAAACCUAGUUACUGCAACUUGAGCCAUACCGUCAUCACUCAUCACAAACAAUUUCUUAUGUAUAGUAUUAAAAAUGAAUUAAGAUUAUACAGAUGCCAUAGCAUUGCUAUGGCAAAAUAUAUUGACUGAUUAAAUGUAAGCAUCCACUUAUAGUGCUGCAGUUUUUCCAUAAAAACAAAUGAAAUAACUACAGUACGUAGUAUUAUAAAGCUCUAUUAAAUCUAUAUUUUUAGAUGUUUAGCGGAAUGAGGAAUGUAUUGAUUUCACAAUGAUGUGUAUAAUUUUCUUUUUCUGUAGAUAACUUUUCUACAAGAAAUUUUGCUCCGAUUUUCCAAUAGGGCACUUUUUCUGAAAGGAAAUCUAACUCGGGUGGUACUUUUGGGUUAAUAUUUUAACCUGAAAAUUAUAAUAUCAAAUUUUGAUAAAAUAUAUUACAAAGCAACACUAUUAACCAGGCGCCACUCAAAGUCGUUUUUUCGUUAGCAAUGGUCAAUCAUUGUGUACAGAUAUACAUUGAAUUUCCCCUCUACCUUCCCAACUUCUCACCUACAACACUGGCCUACAACCUAACCCAUCGUGAGAAGUAUGUCUGUAUCUUUUUAAUUUAGUUUUUAUUAAAGGACAUACAUCAUUUUUAGAUAUUUGGCUCUAAGUAAAAGCCAAAAUUUUGUAAUUUUGCCAAAAUAUUGAAAGUUUUUAAUUUCAAUAUUCUAUGACCUAUUUUAUUUUUUACCAAAUAUAUAAUCUAUCUGUCGUUUUAAAUAUUAAUUUUAGAAACAAAAAUUGUUUUUCAUAUUAAAACUAUUUUCAACAAUUAUAAUUACACUGAAUGAAAAUGUUUAUAACUAUAACAUCUACAUUGUUUUCCAGAGUUUCAGAAUCACUAUUAUCAAAUAUCCAUUACCAAGAGACUUAUUUAAUGGAUAGUUAAACACUGAAAAUAAUUUAAAAUGAUAAUUUUUCAAAAUACUUACAAAUAUUUCAUAUAUUAUUUCAACCAUCUGAAAACAAUUCCAACAUUUAAUUUUUUUUACUGUACCCAGAGUUUAAUUUUAAACAACAUGUGAUUCCUAAAGUAAAAUGAAUGCUCUGACUAUUUGAAGAUAUAAUUUAGCAUAGCAAUUAUGACCAAUUGUUUACUUAAUAUUCCGAUCGAUGUAGUGAAGCAAUAUGAGUUCUGAUAACAGAUUUUAAAUUCAGCAUUAAGUAAUCAUGAGAUUGGUCUAGACACUGUUUUCAAAUUUGAAAAAUUGGCCUGGCAGUAAAAUUAUUUUUAUUAGGUAUACAACUUUACUAAACAUAACAGCGCAAAUAGUGCAAUAUAAGACUACAUUACAGUUCAAUAAAUAGCUUAUUGUUUUCUUUAUUGUAGCUAGCAUCGUAUUUAUCUGGUACAAUUGGUAAAUCUACAAUACAUUUUAAAAAUAGCAAUAUGAUUUUUUUUUCUUUUAGGAGGAAAUCUAAAUAAAUUUUACCAAAUUUUUUGAUAACUCAAUAAAUUUUAUAAAAAGAAGAAAAAUGCCUUAAAAACCUUAAAAUGCAACUAAAGUGACAAAAAAUGCAAAAUAAGUUUCAUAUUUUAAUUCUUAAAACAAAUUUUAUGCUGGGAAAUCAUUGCUUUAGGAUAUUCAAAAAAAAAUUGUAAUUUGCAUUAUAAUCCACACCCUUAUUAUCCACUUAUUAGUUAUUAUUUAUAUCAGAAAUACUAUUAUAAAUUUAAAAUAUAAUGAAUGGUUAAAAAAAUUUAAAUUUAGACUGGAAUUGUAGUAAUUUGUGUAAUAUGCAAAUAUGGCGUUUUAAUGUAGAGCAAAUUUCUUAAAAGCUUUUCUAGUAUUAAAGUUGGUUUAAAUGAAUCAAAGAAAAUUAAGAGAAAAAUUUCAAAAAAAACUAUAAAUUUUACAUGAGUAUGGUUUUUAAAAUUUGAUAAUAAUAUUUAUAUAAAUAAUGACCAUUAAUUUGAGUAUAUUUUAUGCUAAUUAUAGUUUUAAACAACAAUAGUUAUUUUAUGUUAUUUUGUUAUUAUUACCUAGUUUAAUAAUUUGUCAGGCUAAAACAGAAGAGCAUGUAACUGUUACGGCUACGAUUACUCCAUUGCCCCGAAAUAUCCCAUCUAAUAUGCCAGAGAGCUGUUUGGAGCGAAGGCCGUCUUGGAGGCUUAGAGUUGAAAACGGCAGCAAGGUUUGUUGAAGUUAUUGUGUGUGAAGGAAUAACAUAAGAUCCAGUUUGAAUUAUUUUAGUUUGUGUUUGGUUUGAAAGUUUGGAGCAUUAUUGUGUUGUCUUUCUUAUUUUUAAGAUAAUGCUGAUGUUUUUUUUUAUUAUUAUUAUAUUCAGAUCUACGUGCAAUUUUCAUUUUUCAGUUUUUACUUGAAGAUGCUCGAUCUAAUGAAACAGUUACUAAAUCUACUAAGUUACACAUUCCAACAUCUCUAGACACAAGCGCAGAUACAACAGUAACGUUACCAUUAAGGCGUCCUUCACCUAAAGAAAUUGAAGAUAAAGGUGAAUUGUUUAAGUUAACACAGUUUCAAAAUAAUCUUAUAGUUGACGUCAUUGGGAUAUGUAAUACAAAUAUAUAUAGGUACAUUGAAUGUAAAUUCUGGCCAAUAGCCAGCUCAUCAUUAUCUUUGUUUUUUAGUUUCAUAAUAAUAUAGAUUAUAUACCACUACUGAGUAAAUUAAAUUUGAAUUUUUAUGUAGCACACAUAAAUUAUGAGAAAUUUAAAGAGCAGUAGUAUUUUAUAUUUAAAAUACUAAAAUUGAGAUUUUUUUUUUUUUAUGUAGAUCAGGAUAAAGAAAAUGAAUUUCGAAAUCACCAGGCCACUCAGGCAGUUAUACAAAGAAGGAAAAGACCAAAGCGAAGAUCUACUGGAGUAGUUCAUGUUGAUUUAGAUGAAAUUGAUCCUGACAGACAAGAAACCCAAUGUUUUAGUGGUACUGAUGACAAUUUAGGAGAGGUGAGUUUGUUACAAAUAUAAUAUUUAUUUACUUAUUUAUAUUGUGAAAUAACAUGAAUAUAACUGUGGUCAGUGUAUUAUAAAUAACAUUAGUUUUUCGUGUCAGUGUCAUAAACUUGUAACAUAAACGGUGGUCGUACAUCUGUGUAAAACGUGUUUAUUGAAGUAAAAAAAUAAUAAUAAUUAAAAAUUGGGGGUUUUCCAAUUAUUGUUUUUGGGUGUACAGUGAAAAGUUUGACUAAUGUGUCGUUUGUUAUUUUUGGCAACUUUAAGCUUUCCUUCGAUCAUUUAUUUAGAACUGCUACUACACAAUAUCAGCCCCAUGUCAAAUAACACCUUCUCUAUCGCCGCUUGUAUGCAAUUCUAUUUUCGAUUCAGCUAUAAUGUUCACUGUAGUAAAAUUCUAUUUUUAUUUAAAAGUUGGCUUCUGUCAAAUCAAGACCGUAUUAAAUGAAUAAUUAAAAACAAUACGCGAAUUUUAAAUAAAUUUGUUUUUUUAUUAUUUUACUAUUCCAUAGUCUAUGUAGCACUACCAUUGGGGGGCUGGUGGGCGCAUGUGUGUUGAUCAUCGUAAAUUUCCUCGACAGCGUACACAACUCAAUCUGCUUAGGGCACGUUUUUAUUUAAAACAGAACGACGUUUCACUACAUACCAAAAAUAGAUCAUGGUCACUACUACGACGUAUCCACGCGACCGCGACGCUAUGUCUGUUUGCUUAUAGUGUAUCAGUUUUUCGUAAAUUGUCUGCUGAUCAACUUCUUCUUCAUCCUACCAGCAACUACCGCCGCAUGCACUGGCACGUUCUCCAUUAUCAUGAGUUCUUACAACAAUAAUAUUCGGAAAUCUCGUCCAUCAUCAUCUUACGCCAGGCCCAGAAGCGUUUACAGUUCCCCGUCUCGUGCUGGUUCCAUGUACUCGUCACUCAGCCUGUCCUCUCCGUACUUGAACACGUCGUCGUCUUACUCUUCCAGUAUUCCAUCAACUUAUUCGUCUCCAUCGACUUACGGAGGUACCGCUUCCGGAUAUGGUGGAUUGACCAUAUCCCCAGCUUCGUCAGCUUCCAGUUUUAACUCUUAUUCUACCGGCAGAACCGCCUCCCCAUCUUCCCGACAAUCGCAUCACGCUUCUCCAUCAUCCCGACAAUCGCACGCUUCUCUGUCAUCACGACAAUCACACGUUUCUCCGUCAUCCCGACAAUCACAUACCUCCCCAUCGUCACGACAGUCUCACGCAACACUAAAACGAAAUUACUACCAAAGUCCACUGUCCAGAUUCGACUCAUCUACUUCAUUAGCAUCUAGUAAGAGUUAUGGAUCUGAGGGAUACGUGGUAAGAGCGGGAAUAUAUAAUAAUAUAAAGACUUAUGUAACACAGUCAAUUUAUAACAUUUAGUUUCAAAAAUAUAUUAUAUAUAUUCAACAUUUUCCUGGUUUCCUAUUAAGUCCCUCUCAUUUUAGAGCGGUGGAGACAACAAAACCAGUCCGUCAUCACGUUUAUCUUCAAUAUCGUCCUCUCAAGACAGCAGUAAUAGUAAACCCAACAGUGCUGCAAAUUCUCCUGGUUCAUUCUCAGAAAAUGGAGAAAUUGAUUACAAAGCUGUAAGUUUUCAUUGUUUAUAAAUAACUGCAUUUAACAAUUUGCUCAUUAAUUGUUUCAUUUAGUUAUAUGAAGAAGUAGUCGUAGAUAAUGAAAGAUUAAGGCGACAGUUACAAAAGACUGAAGAAGACUUACUAGAAGCCAGGAUCACUAUAGAAAAACAGUCUACUAAUGUAAAACAUUUAACUUGAUUUAUUUUUUUAAACUGUAUUAUUUUAUUUAUUCUACUAACUUUUAACUUGUAAACUAUUUUUCAGGCUGGAAAAAGCACAACAUUGUCUGAAACGGAAAAACGAGAAAGACGAGCUAUGGAGAGAAAACUGUCUGAAAUGGAAGAAGAACUCAAGGUAGUUAUAUUAAUUUAUUUACUGGAGAUAACUAAAAGUAUACAUUAAUAAUAUAAUAAUAUUUAGGUCAUAACAAAAAAUUUGUCUAUUACCUAUGUUGCUAUAUGUGCUAGAAUAUUUAGAGCUUACACUUGAGUUUAUGUUCUCUAGCAAUUGCAAAAAUUGAAAGCAGAAAAUGAACGGCUUCGAACCGAGAACAGAGCCCUUACCAGAGUUGUUUCUAAACUUACUCAUACCUGAUUAUGUGAACACCAUUUUUUUAUGUAUGUAGAUAACAUGCAGACAGUAAUGUGUGGAGUUUUCAUGCCAAGUGUGUUUAUAAAUUCCCAUUCCAGUUAAACUAAUAAAUUAAUUUUCAUUUGGUUGAAAAUUCCAUUACAAAAUGUGUAUAAAUCUUGUGUUGAUAAAUCUAAACAUUAUAAUUAACUCAAAGUAAACAUAAUUCUUUUUUUAUUAAUACUGUAAUAUUUUAUAUAUCGAAAGCAAACCCAAUGGGAUAAGUAUGAAAAAUUGAAAUUUAUUUCAUUUUAAUUGACAAAUAAAUUGUUUGAAGACAAUAUAAAUACAUUAAACAAAAAAUUAUAACAUAGUUUCUUCUUACUAAAUUCACCACUUCAACUAAUUAUCAAUGAAAUAAAUCAUGAGAAGCAUUACCUUAAUUAAAUCUAUCUGUUCUUAAUUGAUGACAAUAUAUAUUUUUGAAAAUCAUUUUAAAAACUCAUAAUCAAAUUAUGUGGCAUUAUUUCAUAACUCAUAAAUAUUCAAUGAUAAUGUUAAUGAUAAUUUAACUAAAUUAUAUGGUUCUAAAUGAUUUUAAAUUCAUAUCAAGAGUAAUAAUGAUAAAUAAUUUAUUUUCAUAACAAUAUUUGUCCUUUAGUUUUACUUUUGUGGUAUUAUGAAGGCUUUAGCAUAUUAUUGUGUUUUGUUAAAAUAUUAAAUAAUCAUUUGAAAACAAUUUUGCCUAAUCUGCUACAUGCUAAAAAUUUAAAUGUAAAAUCUCCAUUUAUAGUUUUUUUCGAGUAUACCAUUUUAGCUUUUUUUUUGCUAAACUUAACAGUUUUUGUUGUACUAUGAAAAGCUUUUUAUUUUGGUAAAAAUCUCAGAAUUUGUUUUAUUUAAAACUAAUUUUCUUUUUAUAGCAAAUGGAUCAGUUACGCCAAGAAAAUCAGAGAUUAAAAGACGAGAAUGGUGCUUUGAUACGAGUAAUAAGUAAACUUUCAAAAUAGUGAUAACUUUUUUAGACUACUCUAAUUAAUUUACAAAUAUUAAAUACCUACAAAAAUAACUGCUUUUAUUCAUAUAUAAAUAAAUAAAUAUAUAUUUGUAUAGCAUUCAGUAUUAAUUCAUUUUUACUAGAAGCAAUUUUUAUAAUUUAUUUAUACCUAUAUUAAAUUUUAAUUUGUAAUUGUAAAUGUUUUUUUUUUUUUUUUUUUUUUUUUAUUCGCCACAACCAGAUCUGAAUUAUAUUUUGUAUGUAUUGACUAUGUUAUAAUACGUAAUAGCAAAAAUGAUAUGAUUUUGUAAACAAUUAACCCAAAUUUCAUAAAUUUCUAUUAUUUUAUUAUAGAUUGAAUAUUAUUAUUAUUUUUAAAUUAUAUAAAUACAAAUCAAUUAAUAUUUUUAAUGUAUAUACUACGUACCAUUUUUCCUCGUGUAUACUAUUUUAUAUAAUUAUUGUAUUUUGUUGUUCUGUUGUAUGCGGAUGUUUAUUUUGGUAUACUAUGAAAAAUUAAAAAAAGAUUUGACCGCAUUUAUUUAUUUAUACAUUUCUUUAUCAAUUUGUAUUCAAUACUUUACACUCA